AUGCGCGUCCCAUAUGCCCCCAAAGAGCCUCCCACCGAGGAAGACAAGCCAGUCUACGAACGCAUAGCCGCGCGCCGCGCGCCUCGACCACUCAUACCACUCGACCUCGCCCUCCUACACAACACAGCCGUAGCCGACGGCUGGAACUCGUUUAUUGGCGCGAUCCGUACCAAGACCUCCGUCGCCGACUCCCUCAAAGAACUCGCCAUCGCGCGCGUUGCGGUGAUCAAUCACGCUGUCCACGAAUGGGAUGUCCACGCUGCGCUCGCGCUUAAGGGUGGCAUCUCAAAGGAAGGACUGGAGACAGCGUACACAGCAGAACUAGUGAAGAAGGGCGAUAAGGUGGAUUUCGCGGAGAAAGGUGGAUUGACUAAGGAGCAGUGGGUUGUUCUGGCAUAUACGGAUCAGAUGACGGUGGGCGUAGAGGUGGAUGAUGGAGUUGCGGGCGCAUUGAGGGAGGUGUUGGGUGACAAGCAGGUCGUGGAGCUGACGGCUACGAUCGCGGCGUACAACUGUGUAAGCAGGUUUCUGGUGGCUCUGGAUGUUGGAGAAUGCAACGGGAGGCCUAUGAAGAAGGUCGAAGAGCUAUGA